GAGUGUGACCGGAGCACGUGAGCACAAGCGGAAGUACGCGCAGCUGGGCUCGUCAUGGCGCCGCACAAAUGUCUGUUUUGAAAAGUUUAGUGUCUGAAAUCUCCACUUUCACCGGGUCUACCGUCUCUCCCAGCCCGCGCUCUCGAUCCACAAAGCUCGGCAUGGAUCUGGACUGAGGCCCCGGGCUCUGAGAAGCUCCCGAAGCCGAGGAAAGGCGGCGGAAGGCAGAUACUGAGCGGACAUCGAGCGGCCCUGAGUCACCCGCAAAAGGCUCAGUCAUGGCGGAGCAUACAUCAGACUCAGCGCCGUUUCUCUCUGAUGACAGCGAAUCAGAGGCACAGGAUGAGACGAGGGCGGAGCCACAAGGCGGGCCUCUGAGCGGCGUGUCAUCACGUCGAUCUCUCCUCACCGUCUUCAUCCUCUGCUACAUCAACCUCCUCAACUACAUGGACCGCUUUACUGUAGCAGGAGUUUUGCCCAGCAUCGAAAACUAUUUUGAAAUUGAUGAUUCAAAGUCAGGCCUCCUGCAAACAGUGUUCAUCUGCAGUUACAUGUUUCUGGCGCCGUGCUUCGGUUACCUCGGCGACCGCUACAACAGGAAGUACAUCAUGAGCGUGGGAAUCUUCUUCUGGUCUCUGGUGACUCUGCUCAGCUCCUUCACGCCCAAACAGCACUUCUGGGCCCUGCUCCUCACUCGGGGGCUGGUGGGAGUGGGAGAGGCCAGUUAUUCAACCAUCGCUCCGACGAUCAUUGCCGACCUCUACGUGAAGAGUGAGCGCACCAACAUGCUUUCCAUCUUUUACUUUGCCAUCCCCGUGGGCAGUGGUCUGGGUUACAUCGUGGGGUCACAGGUCAGUGCGGCCGCUCACGACUGGCACUGGGCUCUCAGGGUCACUCCUGGCCUCGGCCUGCUGGCAGUGCUGUUGCUGUUGUUUGUGGUAAAGGAGCCUAAACGUGGUGCUGUGGAGGAGCGUUCAGAGGAGCAGCUACACCACACGAGCUGGACCCAGGACCUGCAGGCUCUACGCAAAAAUCGCAGCUUCGUCCUGUCGACCUUCGGCUUCACCGCGGUUGCGUUUGUCACUGGGUCCCUGGCUCUGUGGGCGCCCACCUUCCUCCUCCGAGCCGCCAUUUUCUCUGGAGAGAGAGGGCCGUGCGAGGAGCAGCAGUGCUCCUCGUCUGAAAGUCUGAUCUUCGGCGCCAUCACCUGUGUGACAGGUAUUUUGGGCGUGGCCAGUGGAGUCCAGGUGAGCCGUGCCCUGAGGAGCCGCACACAGAGAGCCGAUCCCCUGGUCUGUGCAGCAGGGCUGCUCCUGUCAGCGCCUUUCCUCUACCUUGCCAUCGUGACCGCUGAACUGUCCACCGUUGCCACAUACGUUUUCAUUUUCCUGGGAGAGACCUUUUUGUCCAUGAAUUGGGCCAUUGUAGCAGACAUUCUUCUGUAUGUGGUGGUGCCGACGCGCAGGUCCACAGCUGAGGCUCUGCAGAUCGUUGUGUCUCACCUCCUCGGAGACGCAGGGAGCCCCUACCUCAUCGGAGUGGUUUCAGACUCUCUCAGGAGGGAGCAGUCGUUCUUGUGGCAGUUCCGGUCUCUGCAGCUCUCUCUGCUGCUCUGCUCCUUCAUCGCCGUCAUUGGAGGUGGAUUCUUUUUGGCCACGGCGCUCUUCAUCGAAACGGACCGGAAACGCGCCGAGAACUAUGACCCCUCAGACAAUGAACCAAUCGUAGUCCCGAAGAGCGGCCGUUCGACUCGAGUCCCAGUGUCCAGUGUCCUCAUCUGACCUCUGACUUCUGAUGUCUGACCCAAUCUGACCUCUGACGCCAUAGCUUUCGACAACUUUUUCUCUUUUAAUUCUCUGGACUUUUUACUGAUUUUUAAUUCUUCAUUUAAACCGUUUUUGUCUCAGUGUGAAAGUCUUUUUGAGAAAUGAAAGAGGCUGAUCCGGGACCAGUCUCAAAUAUUUUUAAACUCAUUUACAUAGUUUUAAUUCAUGUAAAAUUAUUGCCGAAUUUUUGCCAAGUUUUAACUCAUUUUUGUCUUUAAUCUGGUGUGAGGGGUGCAUUCGUUUGUCUCCCUCUGCUGGUGGCAGAUGGAGUUUUUAAAAGAACAGUUUGUUAUUAUAAUUAAAACAUUAUUUUAUUGUUGUUUUUUUGAACUAUUAAAGUGGAAUUUUUACCAGU